AUGGCAGGGCAGGGGAGAGAUUCGACAGCAAUGAAAAAAGACGUCGAAGGCUAUAUUCACGGAGUAUCUGAAAUUAAAACGCCAGCAUCGGGAAACCGGUACUUCGACUUCAAAAUCCAGGAGCGGGAAGAAAGUGUGCGCGUGGUUUGCUUCAGCCCAGAAAAACGGAAUGAAAUAAAAGAUAACGAAAUCACCAAAUCGCCUGUAAAACUCCUCAAUGUCACCGCAAAGAAACGCAAAUAUGAACCGGACAGUGUCGAGUAUACCAUGAACAAUAGGUCGAAAGUCAUUCGGGAAAAGAAUAUGGCGUUUCCAUGGAACACAGUUCACGAAAAGGAGCAACAUACGGUUGAAGAAAUAAAAGAAUCAAGUAUCAAUGAUCUUGUUUCCAUUACGGCAAAAGUGGUUUGGAAAGGAACGACCGAAAGCGUGUAUUCGCACACAAUGAGGAAAACCUUACUGAAGUGUGAAGCAAUCAUAGUCGACGCAACCGGUUCAAUCAAAGUGACGAUUUGGGAAAACAUGAUCCCUAACAUAACGGAAGGGCAUUCGUACCUAUUCCAACAAUUCAAAGUCAGCUUCUUCAACAUCAAGUUUGUCAAUGGCAUACGCGAGUCAGUGAUCAACGAAAUCGAAGACAUCGAAAUACCCGAGGAAAUAUGUGCAGCAGCCCAACAGCUUAAACCCAAGGAAAAGGAAUGUUCAAAUUUGACCGGCAGAGUUUUAGGUGUGGAUGUGUCAUUUACACUUGUUUGCGUCAACUGCAGAAGUCGAAUUACAGACUCGGACGACCAAUUCGUCAAUUGCGGUUCGUGCAAAACGACGUUCUUGAAAGAAUUCGUAAAGAAAACGGUCUCGGCAAACGUGAUAGUGAUUGAUGAGAACAACGAAAAUAAAGGACGCUUUUAUUGUUCGAAUUCCGUUCUAAACAGCAUGUUUGAGUCUAUUAAAGCGACGAAAAAUUACAAUAUCAAGGAAACCGAUACUGCCAAACUCUCGCGGAAAAUGAUUGUAGAAACUCUUCUUCUGGUUAAGAAAGUACUUUUCGAAGUCGUUAGUGAUGAGAAGCUAAUGAGUUCAAUGCAAGUGGCCCAGUAG